AACAUACAUGUGCGCAAAUAUAUGGGGAUUUGUGAUCACGAUCGAUGUCGUUUCGCGAAAUGCUGCAACCAAUUGUAGUAUUGUAGUGUGCAGGUAGGUAGUUGCGCUUGAUUGUGAGGACAAAUUUCCUUGCUUUGAGUCAAUGACGGAAACGAUCUUAUUCCUCGAGAAUUUUUCUUAGACAAUUCUCGCGAGCUCGAUGUAAUUGACACAUCAACAUACUCGACGUUUUCGAACUUUCUCGUGCGUGGAAAAAGCUCGAAGAUAUCCCCGAGACACGAUCCUUCCGUUCAGUUCGCGACGACGACACGCAUUAUUCUAGAAAUGCACCAUCUUCGGUAUUAAUCGGCAAGAAGGCCGUACCUUGGAUCGAUGAGAAGAAAGAACUUAAUUAUAUCAGCAUGCAGAACAACGAUGAGAAUAAGACGCACGCCGUGCACAGCGACGACGAGGAUCAGAGUUUUGAUACCGAGAAACCUGCCGCGGGCGGUGAGGUUUCCAGUCGCGGCACCGACAAAUCCACCGCGGAUGGCGACGAAGACGGAUCGAGGACAGAUCGCGACACCAAGAAGUCAUCUUCGAGUAGUAACGACGAUAAUCUUGGCUGCGGCACCAAAAAGCCCGUUGCGAAGAAUGAGAGCUAUGCUUGGCCCAUGUAUCGCGCGUCUACCUCGCGAGAGAAAUUGCUCGCCACUCCGGAGGAUGAUUAUGGCUGCGAGCACUAUAAGCGAAAGUCCAAGUUUGUGACUCCUUGCUGCAACAAAGUAUAUACAUGCCGCUUUUGUCACGAUGAGCAGGAGGCACAUACAGUAAAUAGGAAAGAAGUCACAGAAUUGAUAUGUGUUCUCUGUGAUACUCGUCAACCUGUUCAAGCCACUUGUCAAAAUUGCCAUUGUCAAUUUGGCAAAUAUACAUGCCUCGAAUGUAAUCUUUUUGAUGAUGAGGAUAAAAAUCAAUACCAUUGUGAUGGUUGUGGCAUAUGUAGAGUCGGUGGACGUGACAAGUUUUUUCACUGUGCAAAAUGCAACAUGUGUUUGCCAGUUCAACUACAAAAUGGACAUACGUGCAUAGAGAAUGUCUCACAUUCCAAUUGUCCUGUGUGCCUCGAAGAUAUUCAUACAAGUCGCACACCAUGUCACAUUCCCGGUUGUGGGCACUUACUACAUCGUACAUGUUUCAAGGAAUUGUUGCAAUCAGGACAUUAUGCCUGUCCGACGUGUCAAGUGUCGCUUUUAGAUAUGACAGAUUUAUGGAAAUAUUUAGAUGCGGAAGUAUCACUAACACCAAUGCCAGAGGAAUAUAAGGACUAUAAAGCUGAUAUUUUAUGCAAAGACUGCCAUGAGGAAUCAACAGUGAAGUUUCAUAUUGUUGGAUUGAAGUGUUUAAAUUGUGGUAGUUAUAAUACCUGCAGGAUAAAAGGCUCACCUUCUCCAGUUUGUACAGAUCCAGAUGUCCUUCCAGAAGCAGCAGCUGGUGGCAGUAGUAAAGAAGAAAAGGAACAAUCGUAAGGCUAAAAAUCGGAAUAUCAUCCGAAAUUAUUCAUUGAUUAGGAAGGAGUAUAUUAUAUUAAUAUCGAUGGAAAAAAUUUUAUAGAUAAAUUUUGUCUUUGA